GAUCGUAUUGGGCAAAGCGGUAUAUUCACGGUCACGUGAACACCACGCGGAUUUAGCAAUGAUCGACGGGGUAUGGAAGUACCUACUGGCACCGGGCUGGUAUUUUGGUUCUGAAGCCUUCUCUGUUCUCCGGAUGCUACUUACUAGAAGAGGCGCUCGAGUCCAUACAGUUUUGCAGGUCGUUUUCGACAAUCACGUCAGUUCAUCAGUCCACAUCAGACCCUGCCCUCAGCGCAGCCUUGCGGCAGCAGCACUGCCAACCGUGGAACGGCAUCGAGGCGCCUAAAAAUAUUUGAACAUAUAAUAUUAUCGUGCCCCAACUUAUCCCAUGGCCAGCUAAUUACUGACUGCGGUUGCCUCGCUGGUUUCAUGACUCUCAUCUUACCUUGACUUUUCUUUUAAUCCCCUCGUCUUCUUCCCCGGUCCCGUCUACUUUGUCUCAAAUGCCGGUUCUCAAAGGGGGUUGGUCGCUGUUUCGCAGAUUUCGCAUUACAGUUUUAUCUUUCGCUGCUGUCCUGUGUCUACUAUGGUCGAUCCUCAUCGCAGUGUAUGUGGCAAAGAACUGGUCAAGCUAUGAGACGGGCCAACGUGGUGUUUUCUCAGGCCUCGUCGCCAUGGACUUUGUCAGUUCCAUCUUGAUAUAUCUUAUGAUCGUGGUGAAGUAUACGUACUGGCCCGAUGCCGCACGUACCCUGGUUCUUGUUGGUCUCCAUGCAGCUGGAACCAUAACUGUGAUGAUACUGAAACCUCAUCUCCCCUGCAAUGCAUUUGGAGGGUGGUCGACGUGCAACACAUUGACUAAUGUCAUCAUAUACGGGUCUUGGGUGAUUGCUGGCUUACUUGGAUUAUAUGGCAUAGCUCUGCCGUUUGUGGUUCUGCUUCCUCCGAGGGCUGAGCCUGAUCUGGAGAGUACUUCGGACCGCACUGUAGGGGAGAAACCUGAAGAAUCCAAGAUGAUAGAAGAAGAAGAAGUACAGCCGCAAUAUCCAACAUCCGCAGAUGUGCAGGAAUGGCUACUACAAAACCAGGACAAGACGUCGCCGAAAACGGCACUUGUUGAAUUUCCACGAUCCUCGGGCAGUCCAAGCGGAUAUAGUUACGGGUCGCCGUCAUUGCCAUCGACCCCUACGCUCUCGCAAGCUAAUGCCCGAUUAUCGCCAGAAGUUGCCACUGAUGGUGGCUAUGGGAUGGCCGGACUUCGUGACUCAGGAUAUUGGUCCACUUCGCGGAACAGUGUAGCACAAACCCCCCGUGCCUCCUCAGUGCUGGUUACAAACAGAACUUUCGCUGCUCCUUCUGAUCCCUCCAGCCCUGCGCUCCGUUCUUUCGAUCAAUCGGAGGGGAAACUUGUCGGGGAAACCAUUGUUCCUGCGGAGCCGAGCAGCAGUGCGUAUACUGUUAUUGACGGCUAUGAGUCGCCGUCACUCUACAUUCAAUCGUCUGCGGCUCCGAGUCGAGCACCCACGGUCACUAGGCAACCGGUCAGUCGAAGACACACCAGAGGGGGUGAGAGUCCCCCCCACCCCCCCGUUCGGCCUGCGCAAGAAGACAUUGACAUAGACCAGGUGGAGGUCGGUGGUCCCAGAGGUGGUUACCUUGAUCCGCCACUAACGGCGCUUCCCAUCCCUGACCAUGCUUCUCGCCGGAGCGCCGCGCCAACGACGUUCGAAUUCCAUCUCUCUGAUCGGUCACGGCCUGUGUCAACUGACGCGGGAGAACUAUUGAAUAUCGUUGGUGGUAGGCGACUGCAAGCACGCCAGGACUCCGUGGUCUCUAGCGUUGACAUGGACGAGUGGAGAAAGCUUGUUCUUGGUGCCGCUGGCAAGGCCUAGGCAGUAGUAGGGAGUGUUGCAUUCAUAUUUGGACGUUCAGACUCAGCAUCAUGGACUUUACGCUUCGAUCAUUCUAGGUUCUCGUGUGCAUCGUUGCUACAGUAACAAAUACCCUGACGGUGCACGAACGGGACAUACGAUUAUUUAUUGCAUGUUGGCACAUUUUCCAGUUGACUCUUCACGAUCAAUGCCGCGAGGAGAAGUGAUCGCACGAUCAAGUAACAUCCACCUACGUGAAUUUAGUCUGUACAUACUAACCACCCAAGAGUCACUUCCUCGGAGUUGUAUUUAUGUUGGUCGAUGCACU